AUGUCUAACCUUCGAGUCAUUAACGUGUCUCCCCGAGAAGAGGAGGCACCGUACUUUGCUAGUGUACAUGCAAACUACGACGACGCCGACGACGUGCUGGACGAUUCACCAAUGUCCACCCCCGGCGGAGCUACCCGUGCUCCGCUUUACACUAGAGAGGAAAUGCCGUCUCCUGUAGCUUCGCCUGCUCCCGCGAGCGUCUUCGGAGCAUCAGUGAAUGACCAAGAAUACCACGACCAGGCCAGCGCAAGCUCAGCCAGGCCUGUGGCAGGCGAUCAAAAUGAGGAAGAUGACUCCGAGCUGGACUCGUUCAACCUACAGGCUCCUCCGCCACCAACGGGACGUGUCACCAGCAGUCUUGAAGCUCUUACGGCACGGUUCUUCUCCGCUGACCAUUUGGAUAUGAUAUUACGCGAUCAAUCGCUUGCCAUGCGAUUUUCCGGAUUCCUAGGCACAUAUCUUCCGCAGCAUGUUGGAACUCUCAACCAGUACAAGGAAGCAAAGAAGAUCAUGUUGGCACUUGACUACGCCAAUGCCGCGGCGAACCAGAUGUCUCUCAAAUAUGGCCAUCCAAUCGAAAAUGCCGCGACCCUCGACCGUCAUUUCGGGGCGAGAAAGAAUGAAUUGGCUCACGAGCUGGUUCAUGACGCCCUGCCGGCGUACUUGACGCACCAACUGGUAUCACUUGUGACGGACACGCUUGUGAAAGAGAUUACUGGCCAUAGCGCGCCAGUAAUGCGCGACCUUGUGCCUAGUCUCGCUGAGGUAUACUGCAUUAGCGACCCUUCAUUACCUGAUAAUCCCAUAGUGUAUGCUUCCGAAGAGUUUUACAACACUUCCAUGUACAGUCGUGAACAAGUCAUUGGACGGAACUGUCGAUUUCUGCAGGGCCCGAAAACCUCAUCUGCAUCUAUUAGAAGGCUAGUCGCAGCUCUCACACAAGGAGAGGAGUGCUGCGAGACCGUGCUCAACUAUAAACGGGAUGGAACGCCUUUCAUGAAUCUGCUCCUGAUCGCUCCUCUUUACGACAACAAAGGCAAAGCUCGAUACUUCCUAGGCUGCCAGAUUGAUGUGUCUUCUCUGAUCGAGGGCGGAAAGGGCAUCGAGUCUUUCGCUCAGCUUCUUUUUGAGGACCGACUGCGUGAUUCUUAUUCAGCAAAUCCUGUCCGCAGGGACCCCAAAGAGACGCUGCGUGAAUUUGGUCAGCUGCUGUCUCCCGAAGAAUCAGAUUCAAUCAGCAAUCGAAUGCGACCAGCGAGUGUGGCGGCGUCGGGCUCUCUUGCAUCAGGAAUACCCAUCAGAACGAAAAGCCGCGGCAGUAGAAUCAUAUUAGGAAUGGAUGCUCCGGAUCCUAGACCUCCCCAGAUGUGGCCUCAUGCUAGCCUUGGUCCCUCUGGCCGGCUUCCGGGAGUGUAUCAAAACUACCUAUUGGUCCGACCAUACCCUUCCUUACGGAUAACAUUCACCUCUCCAACUCUGAGGAUUCCUGGCAUGUUACAGAGCAAGCUUCUUGAUCGAAUAGGCGGUCCAGAGGCAGUACGCACUGGUCUUCUCGAAGCUUUAAUGAAUGGCACCGGCGUCACUGCCAAAAUUGCAUGGCUCACAUCAGGAUCGGACAUGCUGGAACACGGGAAAGUCCGAUGGAUACAUUGUACGCCUCUGCUGGGAAGUGAUGAGAAAGUGGGAGUGUGGAUGGUAGUUAUGGUGGAGAAUGAGCUUGUCACAGGAGGGUUGAAUCGCCACAGCCAGGUAAUCACUCCUGGUGUGGACUCUGUUCAAGGUGCACAGCGAUACACUGGUGCGAAGCUGUAUGCCGAUUAUCUGAGAAGAGAAGGUAGGCCCGGAACAGGCCAAACAUUGCCGAGCUCGUCUUCGACUAGGGAGAUGAGGACUGUUGACGAGGUUUUCCGAGACUUCUGA